CUUAAUGUCAUUAACAGGUGCUUGUCCAAAAUAGAAGCCUUGCCCAUACACACACACAAACAUCCGUGGAUCAGCUGACAUACACUCAAUUUACUUUCCCACAGACAUGCAAAACUCAGAGUGACAUACACUCAUACACUACAUAGUCUCUACAACUUGAUUUCAUGAGCCCCAGUCCCAGUUUUCUCCACCCUCCUUUUUUCUGUCCCUCUCUCUUUUUCUCUCUCUCGCUCUCUUUACGUCCCUCCUUCUCCUCCUCUCUCAGCUGAGUUUCAUGUAUCUAGUCAUCAGAUCUGCACCCACACAGAACAGGUUCAUCAGAGGAAUGUGUCGUCAUUUCACAGCUGUAUAAAGCCUCAAUCCAGUGUCUCUCAUCAAGUCCUUCUUUUCAUCUACCCAUUAUUCCUGUCUAGUUUCUUAUCAAACCUUCUCUGUCGUUUGUAGGCCUCAGUUAAUUCCCACUCUGCGCUCUUCGGAAAUGACCCCCUGUCACAUGAAUUUCUUGCACGCUGGAUUCCUUUUAAAUCACAGAACAUUGUAAUUCACUAUCAUUUCCUCUUCCUUUUUGAGCUUUCUAUUAAUACACCUCUCUGCGUUCUCAUUAUGCGUCCGUCCGCCUAACUCCAGACUAAUCUCUCUAAGCCUCCUGUUUUUUGCUUUAGUUAUUUGUUUGUCCCCUUUCUUGACUUUGCCUCUGGGAGUUUCUCCAAGCAUUGUGGCUGCCAUGUGGUCCAACUUAUUUCUGCGGCAGGAUGAGGACGGGAGAGUGGGUACGGCGGCUUUAGGUGGAGUUGGCAUUAAGAGUGGGCGUUCAGGUAAACUGUCGAGGCCCCCUCGAAUGAGUGACAGCCAGGAAGGCAAGAUCAAGCUGGCAUUUUUCGUCACUCUCGUAGGCGUGACGGUGAUGGUGCUUGGCAUGGGCACAGAGUUCUGGGUGGAGCUAUCCCAGCCAAAACACUUCAGGAACAACCAAACGUGUGAGAUGGCACAUUACGGCCUUUGGAAAUCAUGCAUUCGCACGCUAUGGGUGUCAGAUAUUGACCCAGAGAGAGAGAGCUGUGGACCUGCAGAACUGCCUGGAGAAUCAAACUGCACAUUCUUUAAAUUCUACACUUCUGGAGAGAAUGCUGUCAUAUUUAAGAAAACGACAGAAAAAAGUUUGCAUAUAGCAGGUGCAAUGUUGGCUUUGUUGAGUUUGUUUCUGAUGAUCAUGGGCUCUGUGUGUAUCACCAUGUCUCUCAGUAAGAGUGUGCCCUUCUUCCUCAAGCCUGCUACCAUCUGCUUCGUAUUCUCAGGUAUCCUGGUCCUCCUGUCCAUCAUAGUUUUCCACCAGUCUGUGCUGGCGUUAUUGGCAAGCGAUCACAGUAUCCCUCUCCAUCACGAGUUGUCCUGGUCAGUGGCGUGUCUUGGCUCGGCUGGGGCCAUUCUCAUUUUUGGAGGGCUUAUGUUCCUGUUGCUUUCCCUCCCCUACAACCCCCUGGAGAAAUGUUUUCGUCAGCAGAGCAGUAGUGAUGCCUAGCUGUCAGAGGACUGCCAGCGAGUUAAGUAGCACAAAAUCUUUUAUACUCUUAUGCUGCUUAUGGAAAUUAACUACUGUUAUAAUGGACUCUCAAAAGCUAAUGUUUUGCAAUAACUAGCAUUAGUUUGUUCAUCGAUAAGAUUAUAGACCUUGAUGCUCAUACACCGACUCUGAAAUUUGAACUGAUAUUUCUAUGAUGGUUAUGUACAUAAAAUCAGUGACCAACA